AUGGAAGGUUACACUGAAAUCUUCGCUUGGGGAGGUGAUCAUUUUGGCCAACUUGGUCUCGGCGAAUCUAAAAACACUGGCAAGACUUAUCCAUUUCCUCGAUACUGCAGUUACAACGUCCUCAUUAAAGAAAUUUCCUGUGGAGAAGAGCAUUCUGCAUUUAUAGCGCUAUCAGGAUAUGUAUAUUCAAUGGGGAGUAACAGUGAAGGAAGACUCGGACUCGGUGAUAAAUCGCUUCGUCAAAGCUCUUCUCCAAUUUUAAUUGAGAGCUUAGACUCUUACAAGGCAGCCAAAAUUUCCUGCGGAUGAGGCCACACAUGUGUAAUUACAGUUGACGGGGAUUUAUUUUCCUGAGGAGUCGGAGAAUUUGGAGCACUCGGAAUAGGAAUUAACGACACACAAUGAAAGCCUAUAAGAGUAGACCUGCCUAAUAGAGCCAAAGCUUUACAGAUUUCAUGUGGAUCAAGACACACAGGACUUAUUGCUGAAGAAAAUAAGCGAAAUAUUUUAUUUAUGUGAGGCGCAGGAGAAGCUGGGCAGUUAGGGACUGGCAGAAGGGAAAAAGAACUUCUACCAAUCCUUAUACAGACUAACGAAGAGCCUAAACAAGUUUCCUGUGGGAUUUUCCACACGAUGUUUUUAUGCAAAUCUGGGAGCAUCUUUUCUAUGGGUGGGAAUUCGUUUGGGCAGCUUGGGGUUGGGAAUAAAAAAAGCACAAGUCGGCCUCAGAGGAUACAGUAUUUAGAAGACAAUUUUAUAGAAAAAAUUGCUUGUGGGCACCAUUCAGCAGCUAUUACAGAUCAAGGAGAAUUGUUUAUAUGAGGAACUGGGGUGUUUGGGGAGUAUUUGUAUCCCCAAAGAGUUACUUCUAUAGCAAGAUUUAUUGAUGUAAGCAUUGGUGGGAGUUUUGGAAUUGCAAUUGGUUCUAACCACGAGCUAUAUGCCUGGGGUGCAAAUUCUAAUGGAGAAUUAGGCUUACUCCUCCCCCUCCGUGAGUGAACAAAAAAAUUUUGUUCACUCACGGAGGGGGGUUAAUUAUUUUUUUAAAAAAAAUUUAUAUAUAAAUUUUAUAUAAAAAAAUAUUUUUUUUUGAAAUUUAAAAAAAAUCCUAAUACGCAAAAAUUGGAAAGCAAAUAUUAAUUUAAUUUAUAAAAUUUAUGUUUUAAAACGCAAUUUGUUUAAAAUUAAACAGAAUUAGCUCUAUAUUUCAUUAUGCUAAUUAUCACUUAUAUAUCAAAAUUUUUUUCCAUAAAAUUUUUCUAUUAAAAAAACAUUUUUGUUCACUCACGGAGGGUGGGUUUUUGGGCAAAAAAUAACGAUUUUUCUAAAUGGUUUUGUUCACUCACGGAGUGGGGGGGAGUUAGGGAAUUUCGAAAACAGAAUUAGCCCUACAUCUAUUGUAGCGUUAAAAGGGAGAAGUGUAAAUAAAAUCAGCUGUGGAGGAAGCUAUUGUAUAGCGCUAGGUGAAGAUGUAGUAAAACAAAAUAAGCUAGGAAAAUCAGCUAGGCAUGUGUCACCUUUGCAAACAGAUCAAAGCUAUUAUACAUCCCGAAAUAAAGAAGUCUCAGAAAACAGCAGAAACUCCUGAAUGAGGAGCUCUGCAAGAGAAGCUUUUACUUCUAGAGAACCUCGAGCUCUGGAAGACGAUUCUGCGAUAUUUAAAAGUCAUAGCGAGUUUAGGCCAAAUGAUACAUUUAGCUCUAAAGAAAUAUAUGAAAGUAAAACUAGAAAUGUGUCUUCAGAAAGAAAAAGGGAUUGAAAAGAAUGGAUGAUGGUCCAAUGAUAGUGCAAUUUUUCGAAGUACUUUGGGUCGAAAAUUGGUUGAAAUUUUUGAUAGUGAGACAUUUGACCGAAAAAGCCUUAAAUUACGGCCAAAUGCCCUACUAUUUAAAAAUUUUCGACCAAAUGCACUUUGGUUAAAUGCGCACUAUCAAAAAUCCACUGUCAUUUGGCAUGGAGCCGAAAAAGAACAGCCAUUUCUGAGAGAAAGCUUUGAAAAUCAAUAUAGAAGUGUGUCCAUAGAAAGGCCAGAACUUAGUUUUGGCUCUACUAAUGGAAAUUCUUUUAGGAAUGGAGCUGAUUUAGAAAAAGCUAAUAUUGAAUUAAAAGAAAAGACUCUGGAGCUAAGGGGAGCAAAAUUAGAAAUAGAAAGACUUAACGAAGCUUUGAAGAAUUUUCAAACAAAAAAUGAAAGACUGGAAUAUGAGUACCAGGAAUUAUCAAACCAGUUUUAUAGAAAUAAGCCUUCACUAGAAUUUAGCAAUAAAGAAAUAUUGCAGCUUCGGCAAAGUCUAGAUGAAUUUAAAUAUCAGUCCAAAUCAAUUGCAAACGAAAAUGAAAUCCUGAAAGAAGAUCUUGCAAAGUUCAAACUCCUAUAUGAAGAACUCUCCCAAAGUAAAUCAACCACUGAUGGAUUUUAUCAAGAACUGCAAGAAAAACUCCAAGCUGAAACAAUUAAACGAAAACAAAUAGAAAAAGACUUAGAAGUAUCCAACAACCACUGGCAUCGGCUAGAAGACGCACUAUCUCAGUCUCAUUCCAAUUUAGAAAGUUAUAUUCAGCAGCUGAAUGAAGAAAAAGUUUACAAUGAAAAAUUAACCCAAGAGCUUUCUGACUUACGUAAAAAUUUUCAUGGGCUAAACCAAGACAAAGAGACUAUUUCUUAUAUGCUGCAAGACACCCAAAAUCAAGCUGAAGACCAGAUUUUGCAGUUAAUUGAUGAAAAUAAAAGACUGAAAGAAACAGUGCAAAAUUUAAAUUAUGACAUAGAAAAACUUAAUAGCACGCUGGCAGGAAAAUCUUCAAAUAUAGGGGAAUUUGUAGAAAAUCAGAAAGAGUUAGAAGAUAGAAUGAACAAUUUAAAAGAUGAAAAUUAUCAGCUGAAAAUUAGCCUUGCUGAUUCUGAAGCGAAAAAUAAGCAGCUUUUUGAACAUUUGGAUAAAGAAUUAGCUGCGAGAGCGAGGGAGUAUAAAGAAAGGACACUUAAUUUGAUAAGUACCCCAGUAAGAAAUUAUUCGUCGUCGCCGCUAGUAAAUAGACAUCAAGGGCAGAGUUCUCCAUUUAAAGCAGAAGAGGCACAGUUAGCAACGAGUAGGAAUAGAAAUUAUUUAAGCCAAGAAAGCCAAGAGCGUAUUGCGAAUGCAACAUCAAAAGUUAUUGAAUCGACCAAUAUAGAAUCCCCUCUGAAAAAUAUGAGGGUUUCAUCACCAUCUAGAAAAUCUCCAGAAAAGUCUCCACAAAUAUCUUUAUUAAAGAGUUCAGGGUCAACCCCAUCGAGAAAUGAUAUAAAAGCUCGAAUAGCUGCUUUGGCUGAAAGCCGCUCCAAGCUUGAAAUGAAAUUAGAAGAGCUUGAAAACUAA